AUGCUCCGCCGUCCCGCCACCACCAUCCAGCUGACUGCCGCCGAUGUCGAGCAGUACGAGGCUAACCGCCAGCGAAAACUUUACGAGCAACAACAAGCGCAAGCGCAGAAGCAGGCCUCAUCGCAGACCACGGAGACGUCCGAGAACACAAAGAACCGAUCCCAAGCCGCAUCUGCCAAGAGCAAACAGGAUCGCAUUAUGGGCGGACGCGGUAACUGA